AGAAAAACGCUUGAAAAACGACACCGUCCUCCUCGCUUCCCCGCCGAUCCCUCCUCUUCAUUCCUCAGAGCUAUAGACAGAGAGAGAGAGAGAGAGAGAGAUGGGAACUUCAGUGCAGGUGAGUCCACUAUGUGGAGUGUACAACGAGAACCCACUCUCAUACUUAGUCUCCAUCGACAGCUUCAACUUCCUCAUCGACUGUGGCUGGAACGACCACUUCGACCCCACUCUCCUCCAACCUCUCUCCAAGGUAGCGUCGACGAUAGACGCGGUAUUGGUGUCGCAUCCAGACACGCUUCACCUCGGCGCGCUUCCUUAUGCCAUGAAGCAGCUCGGACUCAACGCUCCGGUUUACGCCACCGAGCCGGUUUACAGAUUAGGUCUUCUCACUAUGUACGAGCAGUUUCUCUCGAGAAAGCAAAUAUCAGAGUUUGAUCUGUUUACUUUAGAUGAUAUUGAUUCUGCUUUCCAAGCUAUGACCAGACUAACCUAUUCUCAGAACCAUCAUCUCACUGGCAAAGGGGAGGGAAUUGUGAUUGCUCCUCAUGUGGCUGGGCAUCUUUUGGGAGGUACUAUGUGGAAGAUAACAAAGGAUGGUGAGGAUGUCAUAUAUGCUGUUGACUUAAACCAUCGCAAAGAAAGGCAUUUGAAUGGAACUGUUCUAGCAUCUUUUGUGCGGCCUGCUGUUCUAAUUACAGAUGCUUAUAACGCUCUGAAUAAUCAGCCUUAUAGACGUGUUGAAAAGGAGAAUGAAUUUGGAGAAACCAUAAAGAAAACUCUAGGUGCUGGUGGAAAUGUAUUACUACCUGUGGACACAGUUGGGCGAGUAUUGGAGCUUAUUUUAACAUUAGAACAGUAUUGGACAGAUAAAAGCUUGAACUAUCCCAUCUUCUUUCUUACAUACGUCGCAUCUAGCACGAUUGAUUAUGUUAAGAGUUUCCUUGAGUGGAUGAGUGAUUCCAUUGCAAAGUCUUUUGAACAGAAUCGUGAAAAUCCCUUUCUUCUUAAACAUGUCAGAUUUUGUAUUAGCAAGAGUGAACUUGAUAAUGCUCCAGAUGGUCCAAAGGUUGUUCUAGCAUCCAUGGCGAGUUUGGAAGUGGGUUUUUCACAUGAUAUAUUUGUCGAAUGGGCAACAGAUGCCAAGAAUCUUGUCCUCUUCACUGAAAGAGGCCAGUUUGCUUCAUUAGCUCGUAUACUCCAGGCAGAUCCACCUCCAAAAGCUGUUAAAGUCACCAUGUCCAAGAGGGUUCCUUUGGUUGGAGAUGAGCUAAUUGCUUAUGAAGAAGAGCAAAACCGAAUAAAAAAGGAAGAAGCUUUAAAAGCUACUCUCAUCAAAGAGGAGGAAUCAAAGGCAUCUCAAAGUGCUGAUAUUAAUGCGAGCGAUCCAAUGGUUAUCGAUGUUAGCAAAACACUUGCUUCACCAGAUGUGGCUGGUCAACACAGUGCUGGGUACCGGGACAUAUUAAUCGACGGAUUUGUUCCUCCAUCCACCAGUGUUGCCCCAAUGUUUCCCUUUUACGAAAAUACUUUUGACUGGGAUGAUUUUGGGGAAGUUAUAAAUCCUGAUGAUUAUGUAAUCAAGGAUGAAGACAUGGACCAAACAGGAAUGCAUGUUGGUGGCAAUUUAGAUGGAAAAUUUGAUGAAGGCUCUGCCAAUAUGAUCCUUGACACAAAACCUUCAAAAGUCGUGUCUAAUGAAUUAACAGUGCACGUGAAGUGUUCGUUGAUUUAUAUGGACUUUGAGGGCCGUUCUGAUGGCCGAUCUAUUAAAUCAAUUCUCUCCCAAGUGGCUCCCCUGAAGCUUGUUCUGGUGCAUGGAUCAGCCGAGGCCACAGAGCAUUUGAAGCAACACUGCUUGAAGCAUGUUUGUCCGCACGUUUAUGCUCCUCAUAUUGAGGAAACGAUUGAUGUCACCUCUGAUUUGUGCGCUUAUAAGGUACAACUUUCAGAGAAGCUGAUGAGUAAUGUGCUCUUUAAGAAGCUUGGAGAUUAUGAGAUAGCCUGGGUUGAUGCUGAAGUAGGGAAGACAGACAGUGGCAUGCUGUCUCUACUUCCCUGUUCAAAUGCAGCUCCAUUGCAUAAAUCUGUUCUUGUUGGUGAUCUUAAAAUGGCAGAUUUCAAGCAGUUUCUCGCCAGUAAGGGCGUCCAGGUUGAAUUUGCUGGUGGGGCUUUGCGAUGUGGGGAGUAUGUGACAAUACGCAAGGUUGGGGAUGCAAGCCAGAAAGGUGGUGGUUCUGGUCUUCAGCAAAUUCUAAUCGAAGGCCCCUUAUGUGAAGAUUAUUAUAACAUCCGGGAUUAUUUAUAUUCACAGUUCUUUUUGCUUUAAGUCUAGAUUUAAUACCUGUAAUCCCAUUUGGCUAAAGCUCUAUGUGAAAUUGGUAGUUCUUCCUAUUCUGUGCAAGCGCAAUCUAGUUAAGUAUUUGUAAAUGUAUCAUGCAAGCGCAAUCAAGCCCUUCUUUUUAUUUAUUUAUUUUUUUUCAAAUUUUAAAAUUAUGUAUUAGUCUGAAUAGGUAAUCUCCUUCCUUUUUUUUAAUACCAGAAUAGGUACUUUUAGUUCAUUUGUGCGUGCAAUUACUUAUGAAAGAUGAAUUAAAAUUGUGUUUUUACUCUA